AUGCACAUGACCACCGACUCAGCCAGCCUCCUGACGACCACAACAACGUCGCCACUUUUCGACUUCGUGGAAGAUGGCUCCAUGAAGCCGGUGGACGGCUUCCGUCAGAUUCGACCCAAAGACGCCUCGGCCUAUGCUGCUCUUCGGCUAAAUGUCCCCCUCGAAGAAGACACCUCCUCGGGCUUUACCAGCAGCACAUGCAGUCUCUUCUUCACCUCCUCCUCUGCAUACAACUCGUCAUCUGAGUCCACGUCAGGAAAUCACGCCAAGUCCGACGUGAAGCAGAAGCUGACGGAACAGCUCAGGGCUCGACGGAACCGAGGCAUGAGAAGGCCGGUUCUCCGUCGUCUCGCCAAGCAACGCUGCGAUCCGAGGCUCGUGUCUGGCGCUAGUUCACGCGAAGGGGAAGUUGGUGUUGCCGCGACCGAGUCCGAGUCCGGGGUGAGUUGUCUCCGUAAGACCGGUGCAGAAACGAGCGCUGUCCAGUUGCCAAAUGUGGCCGGUGAUUGUUUGUCGUCUUCUCGCACAUUGUAG